AAAAGAUUCGUUUGAAAUGGAUUGGGUGGGCGGUGAACAAGGAACACGGUAAAAUCAAGGGACGGUGGCUUACAGUGGAACAUGAGAUCAUCAACCACACACUUUGUUCAUUCAUUUUUCUCUUUCUUUUCUUAUUUGUAUUUUUGUGUUUUUGUUGUGUUGUGUUGGGCAUUGGGUAGUAGGAUAGGACUUAGGAGAGUGUUGCACUGUUAUGUGAGCCUCAAAAAGCAAAGAGUGGUACUGCACUUUUAGGCUGUAAUCUGAGACAUUCAACCCCAUCUUUCAAAAACCCAUCAUCCUUACAAAUUACGAUACACAUAAUUCGGGGUCCACUAUCACAUUAAAAUUCAAAAAAAAAAAAAAGUGACAUAGAUAGAUCCCUUGCUGGGUUCAAGUUCCUCACUUUGGAUUCUCUCCCUAAUGGGUUCCUCUGAUCGAUUGUUUAACCGGCAAAGAAGUCUUCAUGAGAUCCUUGGUGGUGGUCAAGUUGCAGAUUUAAUACUGUGGAGGCGGAAGAACCUUACUGUGGGGAUAUUGUUGGUCACACUAGCUGUUUGGGUUGUGUUUGAAAGAUCUGGUUAUACUCUUCUGUCUCUUGUUUCUAAUGUUCUCCUCCUCCUCAUUGUCAUUCUUUUUCUCUGGGCCAAAUCAGCUGCAAUUCUCAACAGACCUGCUCCACCUCUACCACAGUUGCAUCUCUCAGAGGAAAUGGCAAACGAAGUGAAGACUUUUAUCCGCACAAGAGUUAAUGAUCUGUUAUCAGUUUCUCAAGAUAUUGCCCUUGGUAAAGACUCAAGGCUGUUCCUGAAAGUAGCUGCAUACCUCUGGAUAAUUUCUAUCAUCGGUGGCUUAACUGAUUUCCUUACCCUGGCAUACACCAGUCUUUUUAUUGUUCUUACAGUACCAGCAAUCUAUGAAAGAUAUGAAGAUUACAUAGAUAAGUAUAUCUUGAAGGGUUACAGAAAAUUAUGCCUAUUACAUUUGAAAAUAAAUGAGCAAUAUGUCAACAAAGUCCAUAAUUGGAUCCUGGAGAAGAAAAAGCUGAGCUGAGUUUGUGUUUUUCACAUUCAUUUUCACAAUUUCUUUUAUUAUUCUUCUAAAAUAUUUCUUACAGGAUCACUGGUGAGAUUGUAAUUGAGUUUGAGGGACAACAAUAGUGAUCUUCUCCCCCCAAAAUGAGUGUCUUUUGCAUUUUCCAUCUUCAAUGAUGGAUCACUUUUUUGGUACAUAAUGAUGAAACUCUUACGUUGGGCUGGUUAAUGUAGUCCACUAAGCAUCUAAGAUUUAUUCUUAGGUUAACAAAGAAAAAAUAUAGGUGCCACUACCUAUACAAAAGAUAAAA